AUGUUUAAUAUAGUAAGUAGAUUCCAAGCAGUUGCUAACCAAGCACUUACAUCAAGUGUAAUUUUAUCUGCAUUAGUUAUAGUCACAACCUUACUACAAUUAUAUUCAACUGAUGUUUGGUCAAUAAAUUCCACUAGUGUGUCAAAUAUAAAGCCAACUGCCCUGGUUAAAAACUCUUUCAAUUACGGGUCUGUCAAUAGAAAACCAAAGGAAAACUCGAAAAUACAGUUCGACAUAGAUGCUGAUUUGACCCCAUUAUUCAAUUGGAAUACCAAACAAGUUUUCAUAUAUUUAACUGCUGAAUAUCCAGGUAAAAGUGAAGGUUCGUCAAAUAAGGUCACCUAUUGGGAUAAAAUCAUCACCAAACCAGAAGAUGCAAAAAUCCUGUUGAAAAAUCAAAGAUCCAAGUAUUCAGUUUGGGAUAUCGAAAAGUCUUUCAGAGGAAGAGACGCGAUCGUUAAAUUGGAAUGGAAUAUACAACCUCAUAUUGGUCCUUUGCUUUUUGGUGAAACUCAAACAGAAGAAACCUUUAAGUUCGCUGAAAUACAAGAUAAAAAAAAAGAUAAGAAUUAA